CAGCGUGGUCGACAUGGCGGAUCUCGACGGCCAGGCCCAAUGCCGGUUUCUCCUUUUCCCCCUACAUAUUUUGCUUUUGUUCGCUGUCGGUUUGCUCCCCCAGGAAUGCGAGACACAGAGAGCUCUUGGAUCCGUUGCUCCACUCGAGAAGCGCGGGAUUAGUGGAGUGGAUGCUAAGUUAAAUCAGUUGCGACCAGCUAGGCAUUCACUGCCCCGCACCCUCCCAGGAAGCAAACGCAAGCGCGUGCCCCGCGCGCUCUGCGCCACACCGAUUCAGCUGAGCGCACCUUGAUUCUCAGUCUCACCCCGCCACCUGCCAUACCUUUUCUUUCCCGACAAGAACCGGCCGAAAUAUCUCCCCCACCACAUCUUACAGCACUCCCGAACCAGCGCUCCCGACCGCAGCCAUGGCAGGCCCCGCAUCCCCCGGCGGCGAAGGGCCGAACUUCGCGCCGCCGCCGCUGCCCCCGGGGUGGAUCGCGCAGUGGGACGCCUCGUCCAAGAAGUACUACUUCGUGCAGCUGUCGACCGGCGCGUCGCAGUGGGAGACGCCGACCGACGCCGCGCCCGUCGGCACGCCGCCCGCCAGCACGCCCGCCAGCCGCGUCGACCACCCGUACGGCGUUCCCGGAAGCAAUGGCAACGGCUCCGCUGCCCCCGCCGAGAUCAUUGUCCACCCCGACGGCAGCCAGACGGCGCGCUACCCGGACGGCAGGCUCGAGCCCGUCAAUCCGCGCGAGGACGGCACGACGUUGGACGGCACGACGUUGGACGGCACGACGUUGGACGGCACGAGGGGCAUUGGUGGUGGCGUUGGUGGUGGUGCGGGGGACGGGGAAAGAAGUCUUGGGUCAUUCCUCGGCAGCACGCUCAGCUCUCUCAGCGGGACACAGCAUGGCGGUGGAUCCCACGGCGGCGGUGUCGGCGGACUGGCCGGGCAGGUGGUCACUGGGCUGCUGUCCGGCGGCCACUCCGGCGGCCACGGCGGUAGCGGGGCUAGCGGUAUCGGAGGCAAGCUUGCAUCGCAGCUAGCGUCGAACCUGUUCUCAUCCGGGAACAAGCCGCCUCAGCCACAAAAUUACCACGGCGGCCAGUCCGCCGGGCAUCACGCCAGCGCCGGCGGCAUAGGAGGUAUCGUUGGAGGGGUCGCGAGCAUGUUCUCCAACAAGCCACACGGCUCGAACAAUGGGUUUGGCUACUCGAAUAGCGGGCAAACGGGAGGUUAUAGCGCCCCGGCGCCGCCGGUCUCGUACCAGCCGCCCUCGCAGCCAGGACAACCCACCAGCGUCCCGUCCUACCAAGGCGGCGCCCCGUUCCAUCCGACGACAUCCGGUCAACCACAACAUCAAACCCCGCACGCGCCGUACAGCCAGUCGACGCCAAACCAGCCCUACGCCCCUUCGUACAGCGCCCCGGGCGGCCACCAGCCACCACACAACCUCAGCUUCCCGCCUCCCCCAGCAGCCCAGUCGCAACCGUAUCCCGGCCAGCCCACAUAUAGCACCCCGCACGGCGGCGCCGCGCCGCAACACACCGCGCCGCAGCACACCUACGGCGCCCCUCCGCCCUCGGCGCCCCCGUACAGCCAGCCGCAGUACGUCCAGCCGCAGUACGCCGCCACCGGAGCAGCCGCGUCCUACUUGCAGGGACAUCCCGCCGCCGCCGCCGGCGGCCACUCGGCGUACCCCGCGCAGCCGCAAUACGCCGCCAGCGGCGCGCCGGCCCAUCACCAGGCGUACGGCGGCGGGGUCAUGGGGCAGUACCACUAAGAGGAUGAUGAUACUGCGGCUGCUCGUGGUGGUAUGAAUAGCGCGGCCUCAGUCGCAAGAUUUGCUGGCGGCGGAUGCGGGAGG